AUGUCCCACGUCCCACCAACCGAGUCCAAUCUCAAUCCAGAAGAACCGAAAGCACCAGCCCCUGCACCUCAGUUCCAGCAAUUCCAAUCUCAAUCCAAAUUACUACCAGUUCCAAUACAAAUCGAAGAGAGACCAAGAGUUCGAAGAAGGUCUGAACCGCUUACGCAAAGAGUAUGCUACAGCUCCAACCCUUGGAUGUUUAUGCAAAAACCUGCCCCACAAUUCCAAUCUCAGUCCAAGAGAGACCAAGACUUCGAAGAAGGUCUGAACCGCUUACGCAAAGAGUAUGCUACAGCUCCAAUUGAGAGAAAGUUGUUCCCGGACCAAAAAAUAAAGUUUAUGUUAGAAUGUGAGAUCUCACCUGUUUUUUCACCUCUUUUCUCACCCUCUUGA